AAAAAAAAAUAAUGGAGCCUGUUGUUAAUGUCAUUAUUGCAGUAUCUGUCUGUGUUAUUUUCGCAUUGAUUGUCAUAGGCUGUGUCUCCCAUAGGAAGAAAGAGCCUUUGUCUCAGCCGCGAGAUUUGGAAACGGGUGUAACGGGAACAAAAGAUGGAGGACUUGUUGUUUUGACAGUAAAUGACGCCACAACAGCUGUUGUAGCUGCAGCUGUAACCACCGAUGAUUACAACGGUUGUUGUUGCGGAGGCGGUGGUGAUGGUGGAGGAGAUGGCGGCGGUUGUGGAGGUUGCGGCGGCUGUGGAGGUUAAGGGUUCCGUAUAUUGUUGGAUUUGAUAAUUAUCUAUGCAUAUAAUGUAAAAUUAUUUAUACUUUCGUGAGGAUGGAAAUUGUAUCAUAAGGUGAAUAAAUGAUCGUGUGAAUAUGAAAUGCUGGUUUACAAAAUCUUAAUAUUCUUA